AUGCGAUCUGCUCUGGUGUCACUCUUGGCCGCGGCUGCGGGAGCUUCAGCCACAAGUGCAGACGGUGUGUUCGAAUUCACACCCAACUUGGUUCCGUUACAGGAGAAUGCUGGCACGGAUAAGCUGUUCCCUAUGGGGGACUGCUUUGGCUUCAAACUCGAGGAGGCUACAAUUGAUGGUAUGCAAGAGGCCAUGCGGAAAGGGACCCUGACGAGCGUGAAGCUGGUUACUUGUUACAUGACGCGGACGUUCCAGACACAGCAGUAUAUCAACUCUGUGAUGCAAAUCAACCCCGAUGCACUCGCCAUCGCCGCACAGCUCGACGACGAGCGUCGGCAGGGCAAGGUCCGUGGUCCUUUGCACGGAAUUCCCUUCACUGUCAAGGACAAUAUUGGAACCAAGGACAACCUUGAAACCACCGCCGGUAGCUGGGCCUUGCUCGGUAGCCGAGUACCCCGUGAUGCUUAUGUCGUUGCCAAGCUGCGCAAAGCCGGCGCUGUGCUGUUUGGAAAAGCCACCCUCAGUGAGUGGGCAGACAUGCGAAGCAACAAUUACUCCGAGGGAUACUCUGGGCGUGGUGGACAAUGCAGGAGCGCGUACAACUUCACCGUGAACCCUGGAGGCAGCUCUUCUGGCAGCGGUGUUGGUGUUGCUGCCAACUGCAUUGCUUUCUCCUUGGGAACUGAGACGGAUGGCAGUGUCAUCAACCCUGCCAUGAGAAACUCCAUCGUAGGUUUCAAGCCCACCGUCGGCCUCACGUCGCGCGGCGGUGUCAUUCCUGAAACAGAACACCAGGACUCAGUUGGCACAUUCGGUCGCACUGUCCGCGACGCCGUCUACGCACUCGAUGCCAUCUACGGCGUCGACUGCCAUGAUAACUACACAACUGCGCAGAGGGGCAAGACUCCCAAGAGAGGCUAUGCUCAAUUUCUCACCACCAAAGAAACCCUUAAGAAUGCCACCUUUGGCAUUCCCUGGAAUAGCUUCUGGGUACAUGCCAGUGCCGAGCACCAGCGUACUUUGGUGUCUCUCGUCAAGCUCAUUGAAGACGCUGGCGCCACCAUCGUUAACAACACCGAAAUUACAAACUACGAAACCAUCGUCUCCCCUGACGGGUGGAACUGGGACUACGGCACCACGCGUGGCUUUCCCAACGAGUCAGAGUACACCUACAUCAAGGUCGACUUCUACAACAACAUCAACAAGUACCUCGCCAAACUCAGAAACACAAACAUCCGUACCAUCGACGACAUCGUCAAGUACAACCUGGACAAUGACGGCAGCCAAGGCGGCAACCCCUGGCCCCUGGGUAACCCGGCGUGGUUCUCUGGCCAGGACGGGUUCCUGGCGUCCCUCGAAACGAAGGGCAUCCAGGACGAGACGUACUGGCAGGCACUCAAUUUUUGCCAGUCCACUACCCGUGGCGGCAUCGACGACGCCCUCCGCCACGAGAACAAGAUGCUGAGCGGGCUCUUGGUCCCCUCUAAUGUUGCCCAGAGCUAUCAGAUUUCGGCACAAGCUGGCUACCCGGCUAUCACGGUGCCUGCGGGCAUCGACGACGAGUCGGGCAUGGGCUACGGCUUGGCUAUUUUGCACACGGCCUGGGCGGAAGAGGAGCUCGUGAGAUGGGGCAGUGCUAUUGAGGACCUGACCAAGGGUACGCAGUAUGCGAGAACGUUGCCGAAGUGGAGGGGAUAUAUGCAGAGAAACCUUCCCGUUCCCCUGUGA